GCAGCUGGAGACGGAAUACUACACGCUUGCUCACGAUACGGACCACACUUCGCGUCACCGAGCGUGCAAAAGUCAUAGCUGCUGACGGUUCUGCUUCAAACAUAGGUAGUUCGGUGUCCACAAACUCCAUGCAUUCAAGGUCAUGCGCGAUAUCUUGUGCAAGCACUCCACCUUUUUCGCGAAACCCCUCAACACCAAUGCAAGCGUGAGCAGAAGUCCACCAUCAAGGUCAACAAGAGUCAGCCAAUUCGCGAAUUCAUAACAUUGUUCGAGAUUUGGCACGAGCCCGAGGACGGCGACCAAUUUACUCCCACGGUUGCCGCUACCCGUAGUGAGCUCAGCAUCAAUGAGAUCUGGUCAAUGAUUGUGACAGCCGAUAAAUACGGCGUCGGCCCGAAUGCCACUGUCGUCAAGAAAUUGUUUGCAGGGUGGUACAGGUACAGUGUCACCACACCGAGCGUCAAUACACAAGGCGAGAAUGGUUCUUGCAGUUUCGAAUGCAAGGAUUACGCUGCUCUGUUGUUCCCGACGUACAAGUUCGAAGACUCCUCAGGUUCCGCGGGAGCAACGAAGUAUGUAGUCCACCGCGCUACCGGCCGUGUGGCAGAGAUUAAGCCUGACAGUGUGCCUCACCAGUUGCAUCUGAGCGACAACGUUAUCCGUAAGCAUAAGUCUGGCUUCUUUGUGCGCAAGGACAAACUUGUCGUGGUCACUGACUUGAAGCAGACAACUCGAUGGCGCCAAAGCCCGGCUGCGAUUAAUACUGCUUCACGCCAUCAACCAACCCAUCUACGACUUCCUGAUGCGCGCCAAUUGCCGCUGCGAAGCCUUCGCACUCUAUGAUACCAGCGUGCUCUAACAAUGACAGGUGCUGGCCACAUGAUACCGGGAUGGUAAAUAACAGUGUCGAUUCCAUUCUGCGCAAGCUCGAGGGUUCCAGGGCGCUUCAGCCGCAAAGCUGUGGAAGCAAGGUGAGUUGAGUCGCCGUGCUGGUCAGUUGUGCUAUGUUGGUCGACGGUAAUACUGCAGCUUUAACAUCGCCGCCACCGUCAAUGAUGCUCGUGUCUACUGCAAGAAGUACUUUGACGGCUUGUGUCUCGAUUGCGUGACGCUUUCCCGGCCCGGUCAGGACGAGGAGGGCAACGCUGAGUUUUGGAAUCAUACCAAGCAUGGCCUGAAGUGGGAUGAGGG